ACGGCCCUUAACCGUAACCUCAAUUGUAACGAAGCCUUUAGUGUAAUAUAGGCUUUAGUUUUGCGUUAUCAACGCGAAGCGAGAGAUGUAAGAUGAAAACGGCUACAAUCAGCUACAAUCGGAAAAUGGCGUCGUCAAGUACCCAACGUUGGAUGGUGGACUCUGGAAUUCUACGUAAAAAGAAUAACGACGAGCAACCGCAGGAGCUAUUGGUCUUCGGAUAUAGCUGCAAAUUGUUUCGCGAUGAUGACAAGGCGAAAAUGAUUGAUCAGGGAAAGCAUUUGAUACCAUGGAUGGGCGAUAACACGUUGAAGAUAGACAGGUCCGUUUCCAUAACCUAGACCAAUUUCUCAUAUAGAAUAUUUGUUCUUGUGCGAUAAGAAACAAAAAAAACGCAUCGUAAAUAUGUUACGUUUUUGGCAAACGAUCAACUCAGAUGAAAAUGAUAUUCCGAAAGCAAAAAAAUCUAUCGAAAUGAGUCAAGUGUUGCGUUUGAAAGGAGAUAGAAUUCGUAGACCCAAGGGCCUCCUUCUUCAUCGUUAAUGUUUGGAUAAGCAAACUGGAGACUGUUUAAGGCUUCCGCAGGUGUCUCGGCUGUAUCGAACGUGCCGAACGUGUGGCAGCGCGAUAUUGCGCUCUGCACGGUCGCAGAAUCAGAUGCUCUCACGAUGCUUAUGGUGCUUAUGGCUGACCGUCUGAGCAGCAGCAAGAUACGAUGGACGGGGCGCACUGGGUGACCUACGGGUGUACGAGCCACCGACAGGUGGUUUUGAUCAACGGACCAUACUCACCGAGGAGGAGCUGAAAAUAGAACAACUCUGUGACGAGGAGCGGUAUCGGUCUCUUUACAACAAUGAUGAGGACGAAUCCAUCUAUCAUGAAGAAGAAAUGAGGAGGCUGCAUCAAGCGCUAGACUCUGAAUCGUAUCAUCAAGUGGGAUUUAAUUAUAAUGAGGACGAGAAUGGUCACAAAGCUCCGUGUGAAGACUCGCAAAGUCCGAAACAGUCGGAGGGUUCGCAGGAAGAGGAUCAAGCAUUUGUCCCACCUCCUGAACUGGAAAUCCCAGAAGGAAUGAUUGUGCCGGAAACUCAAAAGUUGAAUGCCAUUAUAACGAAAACGGCAUUGUUUAUCAGUCGGCAAGGAAGCCAAAUGGAAAUUCUGAUAAAGGCGAAACAAGCAAACAAUCCGCAGUUUGCGUUCCUAUCGAUAGACGAGCCACUUCAUCAGUAUUAUAGAUAUGUCCUCGAUGCUAUCAAGAGUGGAAAAUAUAAUCCCGAAAAACAACCUGAGAAAGAAGAAUCAGAACCCGAGGAAGAGUCCGAUGCAGAUGACGAGCCGUACCUACAUCCAAGUCUCGCGCCAUCGUUUACAAAGAUCGAAGCGGCACCUAGUAUACCGAGCAUACAAUAUAAACCAUCAGCGGAUUGCGCGUAUUCCAUGCUUGUGAACAAGAUCACGGGGAAGCCGCCGCCAUCUAAGGUGCCGCAAACAUUAGACACGACAGUUCAGCUGAUGCCGUCCGCUGGAUACUACCAUCCGAUGCCACAACAGAAUUAUUCUUAUGCCACUCCUAUGCAAUACUCGCACGGUCCAGUUAUAUACGGGCCAAACGGACAGAUUCAAUCAUCCUCGCAGCUCAACGUGCCGAGCGUACCAUUGUCGAAUGAUACGACCGUGAUACAAGCUUCAUCACCAAAGGAUACGCCGUCGCCAUUGGUACCGUAUGGGAUACCUUCGCAGAAGCCACUCAGCAGACCCUCCUUUAUUGUGCCACCAGCAGAUGUGCAAAUCAUAAUCGACAAAAUGGCGAGUUAUGUGGCGAAGAAUGGCCGUGACUUCGAGACGAUCGUCAAGAAUAAGGGCGACCCCAGAUUCAAUUUUUUGGAACUGUCACAUCAGUAUCAUGGCUACUACGCACACAAACUGACGAUAUACGAAGGCGCGAUAAAUCCCAAAGUACUAACAGAGGAGGAGUUGUUGCAGAAGCAAGAGCCGCAAGAAGAGAAACAGAAGAAGUUGGAAGAGCUGCAGAAGAAGCAACAGAGAAUGGAAGAAGUACAAAAACGCGUGAAGAUGAUACAGGCGAAGAAGAAGGGUGACCCAGCGAAGGUGAAACAAAGCUCGCAGGGAACGAAGCAGAUCACGACCGUUUCGUUUUCCAUCAAGAAGCCGAAGGAUGGGGAAAGUACAGUGAUUGAGAAGAGAAACGCAUUACCGUUGGAGGAAAGCGAUGAAGAGAUGGACAACGAUAAGAAGGACGCAAGCUCUAAGCCCGGGUCUCCUCAGGAUGUCAUGGAUACGAAUUUAUCUUCAAACGCCGUUGACAAAGAUCCGUCGAAGUCUGAGAAAAAAUUAAAAAGCGACGACAAGGAGCUGGUGGAUUUGACGGACGAUAUUCUCGAAGAUUGCCAGAAGGAGAUCAGACACAGACAGGCAGAGGACAGAAUUAAAGACAAGCUGGUAGCGGCUGCAAGAGAUAAGUUGGCGGCUACUUCUAGGGAGAAACAAUUGCAGCUUGAAAGACGGAAAAAAGCUGCCAUGUUUCUUAGUCAGAUUCAAGCGCCAGCGCUCAAGCCUAGCUCUGUCACGACGAAUUCGAGCUCUCGCAGAGAUGAUUUGGACGAUGUGCGUUCCGUGCCAUCACCGUCGCUGGAGGAUAACAACAGAUCACAGGAUAUGAAAGCGUGUGGUAACUCACUGAUGGACAGAUUAAAGAGUGCGGACUUGAGCGGCAGCAGAUCUAGAAAACGAUCCAGGAGUCGGAGCGGAAGUCGCAGCGACAGACACAAACUUCACAAGAAGCAUAAGAAAAAGAAGAGUUCUCAUCGAAGCAGUUACGACAGCUCGAGUUCGGCACGUUCGCACAGACCUAAGAAGAGCAAGAAGUCAUCGUCGAGGCAUAGAUCUCGUUCGCACAGCCCCUCACAUAGACAUCAACACAACUCACGACGAAGGAACAGCCACACAAGCCACUCGGACUCGAGUUCGCCAUAAGAAGAGUUCGAGAUCUUUACACGACAGAAAUAAAUUUAUAUACGAAGUGUAUAUAGUUAUAUACAUAUAUAUAUAUAUAUAUAUUAUAUAUAUAUAUACAUACAUAAAAUUGCAUACAUAUUUCUUGACUGAACUAUAUAAUGGAUUUAAUACACUUUUGUCAUAAAGUA